AUGGUACUACUAGCUUUGGGGCAUUUGUCGCUAGUUACACCUAACGCUUGUCGGCCUGAAGUUACCGUAAAUCUUAUAUCACAAAAUGGCUAUUUUGCACCGAUCAGCAAACUCAGCUACGAAGCCGAUUGUUGUCUGAGGUAUUUUCCUCCAUUCAUGGCAAUUCAUUGGCUACGGAAGCUUUCCCUCUGCAAACCUGGUUUAACCCCAAUUGCACAUUCAAUGAUCAUCGAAUUAUUAUUUCUCAAAUCCUCAAGUCAUCGUGCCCUAAAAACUGCCCUAACCUACAUUUUCAAGGCAGAUGCUUCGCCUUACUACUCGCCAGCUGUGCAGAUAAAUAUCAUGGGUCAAGAUGCAACUCAUGGUGACUUCGAUCAUAGCAUGAGUCAAAAUAGUCAUCAAGUACCAGCUACGGCCGACGAGCCUGUCUCCGAGGCUAAGCUCUUGGACAUACAGUAUGGCAAAUGCUAUUGGCUCAGCAAAGAAGGCUAUGGAAAGGUAGGAGGCGAUCCCAACACUUGGAAUAUCUUAACCUUUGGGAACUCGGACGAGAAGAGAAUUUUCAAACUUUGCUAUCGUCGGAACUCAUGUUUCAACGAGCAGCCCAAGAGUGGAGGAGGUCAAUCUGUGAGCAGCAGCCAUGCCUUCUGGCUUUGGGAUUACCAGGGGUGGAAUAAGAACACCAAAGUUGGACCGGGCUACCUGGCUACCUCUGGCUGGAACUGGUUCUUUGCCGCCGGCGGGGGGUACUGUAACACGAUCAGCUUCAAGGCCAACCAAAAUAGCGACGAUGAUGAAGAUGCAGUCGGUGCAGAGAGUAACGCCCCCACCAUUCGUUUGUCAAUUGGGUAUGCGACCGAAGAAAGCAGCCCGCUCACGGGUUUGGAAAUAAGAAGUGACAAGAAGCUGUACCGAGCCGACCCCAAAAAUUCACCCUAUGUCACCCUCAAGUUUCAUGAGGUUACAUGUCCUGACGACGAGGAUGACGAUGAUGACGAUGCAUAUUUGAACCGACCUCUGUUCUAA